UCUUAAUCAUUUAUUUCGAUCUGCUAUCAAAACUGCCAUAAAUCUGUAGGACGCUAAGAAAAUCCCAAUUUUUGGGAUUACAUACCUGUUUGUGGAUUCGCAAAGUUUCUUUGUUAAUUUACCCUCGUAUAGAGGUUGUAUUAUCACCGUUGGAUUUAUAGGCCCUCUAGGGUUUAUUGGGUUACCCAGAAGGGACUAGCAUGCAGGCGUCAAGGGCAAGGCUGUUCAAGGAAUACAAAGAGGUGCAGCGUGAGAAAGCAGUUGAUCCUGAUAUUCAAUUAGUUUGUGAUGAUUCCAACAUUUUUAAGUGGACUGCUCUGAUCAAGGGACCAACAGAGACUCCUUAUGAGGGUGGAGUCUUCCAACUUGCUUUUUCUGUUCCGGAGCAGUAUCCUCUGCAGCCUCCUCAAGUGCGCUUCUUGACAAAAAUAUUUCAUCCAAAUGUGCAUUUUAAGACUGGAGAAAUAUGCCUUGAUAUUUUGAAGAAUGCAUGGAGCCCAGCCUGGACACUUCAGUCUGUUUGUAGGGCCAUAAUUGCUUUGAUGGCCCACCCUGAACCUGAUAGCCCUUUAAACUGUGAUUCAGGCAAUCUUCUACGAUCUGGUGAUAUCAGAGGUUUUCAAUCCAUGGCAAGAAUGUAUACUAGACUUGCUGCCUCGCCAAAAAAGGGGUGAAUUUCUUUGGUCAGUAAAGCAUGUUGUGAAUGAGUGUGGAGCAAUUAUUAUAAAUGCCAAAAAUAAUUUUCUGAGCUGUUAAGUGGAACUAUUGUUGUAUGCUUUACCUUUAAACCUGACUCAUUAAAUUAUUUCAACAGCUUUGUUUGCUC